AUGUCAGAGGCGAAACGGGUACCUCUGCAGACCCUGGAGUUCCCGGAGUCCCUGGGCCACGCUACGAAGAAGGAGAAAAAGGGGAAUAUGGGCAAGCAGCUCGCUCCCUCCUUCCGCUUCACGCUCACCCUGCCGGAGUCGAACGAGAAGACAUGCCCCGAAUUCAACUACGCGCAGCUCCUGAAAUCGGCCGAGAAGAAGCGAAGGAAAGAUCAGAAGAGAGGAGAUGAGAACGCGACGAAUGGAUUGGAUCCGUUCGACGAUGACGAUGACGAGGACAAGCUUCGGGACAUGGCGAAGCGAUUUGAAGCGAAAUAUGGAACGUCUACCAUGGGAAAGAAGAGGCACAAGUACGACGAUUAUGUGGACUUGGGCGCGGGAUACGAUGAGAACGAUUCUUUUAUCGACAACACCGACGCUUACGACGAAAUUGUACCCGAAGAGAUGACCACGGCGCACGGCGGCUUCUACAUUAAUUGCGGUGCCCUUGAGUUUCGUGCGGCCGAUAGGCACUCAUUAGUUCACAUUAAUAAUAAUAAUAAUAAUAGUGACGAAGACGAGAGCAGCGAGAGCAGUGAGGAAGACACCGAGGACGUGGAUAGCCCCAAACGCGUAGAGAAGCGAAUUAUUAGUUCAUCGGAUGACGAUGAGACGGAGGAUAUUACCGGCAGUAACCCACGAAAAAGGAAAAUUGAGGACAACGGCGAGAAGAAAAGUAAUCACGAGAAUGGCAAAAAGAGGAAAAAGGCGCAAAAUCACCAGACGCCGCAGGAUCAGCAACAACAGAAUUCUCAACAGGAACUGGACCUUCUCAACAGACGGAAGGAUAAGAGUGAGAUGACCGACGUUGAAGGUGGUACAGCUUCUGAGGAUCAAGAGGAGAAAAAGAAGUCUGAUAAAUCGGAACUACAAAAAAAUAAGAUAAGUGAUAAGAAGUUCGAUAUUAAGAAAUUCGAGAAGAAAUCGUCCAAUAGUAACGGAUUCGACGCGAAAAAGAUGGAUCUAAAGAGGUUCGGCGGUAAAGACAGCAACAUCGACGACGCGAUCGAGAGUGUUGUGAACGCGGCCAGAGUCGAAGAUGACACUUCGAGUCGAGACACAUUCGACUCGGGAAAAUCACGCGUUUGCCUCUACGUCGAAUCCGACGGAGAGGAAAUAUAUAAUAAGGAAGCGCUAUUACCCGAGAAUCUUCCUGAAGAUAUCAAAGAGAUAGUGAUUAAGUUGAAGGCUCACGCGGAGAAUAGUAAAGAUGGCAAGAGCAAAUUCUUCAAUAAUACGAUUAACGAAGUACUUUUUAAUUUAGAGAAGAAAUUGCGGUCGAUGAAUACGCCUAGCGUAAGGUUACAAACCUAUGAUCAUCUAGUACGGUUUUUGCCUUGUAAAAAAAUUACCCUUCUCAGUAGAGCUAAAAAGUUGUAUCUGGAAGAUGCAGAACAUAGAGUGAAUGAACCAAUGCAAAAAUUAAAGACGCUCAUUGAUAACGUUAUGCCGUCAGUUAUGGACAAAUACAUGAAAGAAUGCCAAAAAGUUGCCGACGAAAAUCCUCAAUUAUACUGGGAGAUAUAUCGGUACUGUUGGGGAUUCGAGGGAUCUCCUGCGGAUGCGGAAAGCAGCGGGGAAGACGAUGCCUCUAAAAAUACAGAUAAGCCGAAAAUACCACGGAAGCGAUUUCCAUGGACUGACGAAGCAAAGAAACUUGUCCUUGAAAUUGCGAACGCUAGGAGACAUUACUUCAAAAUUCUUAGACCAAGAAAAGAGAGUAUGGAAUCGUUUGUCGCCACUUUCAUGGAUACUAAUGUUUUACCAUUGUGGCCACCCGGCUGCGUACGGUUACAAACAUUGAUAAAAUACGGUAGUCCUGUUGGACCUGUCAUCAAGAAGAAAUUGAAAAAACCGAAGGAAAUUGCCAAUCCAAAUAACGUUGCUGUCGGGAAUACUCAAAUUUGCAACUCCGUUGCGAGAAACGAUACCAUAAGCGUGAAUAACGUUUCAUCUCAAGAAAGGGAGAGGAUACCUAUGAACAUGUCUAGAACUCAGAGCGGCGUCGAACUACCAAUUUCGACUACCAAUUUCACGAAUCAAGCGUCGGUGAGGUCUAACGACGUGGGUGUCGAUAAGAAGCAACAAAGCAAUAAACACAAGGAGAAACACAUGGAGAAUAACACGGUACAACAGCAAGAAAGUGUCACGGCCAAUGCCGUCAAUGUCAAUAAUUCUACAGUUGGCAAAAUUUCCGUUGUACCUACGGCUCAAUUGAUGGCUCAAAAGCCGGCUAAGAGUCACGUCGAGAAAUUUAAUCUCAUGGAUUUAACCAACAGCUCUCUGUCCAUCACGCCUGUCAACGAUUACCACAAAUUGUCGGGAAAGACUACGGAGACGAAGAAGGAUGUAGUUUCCAUCACGGCAUGUACAGAAUCGGCGAGUCACUCGAAAACGAACGAGAUUGCUCAGAGUGGACAUCAUUCCGUGUUCAGGCAAGAUGCUUCUCAUUCGUCGUCAGUGCAGAAUCUGAAACACAGACUGCUGCUCGAGAACCCUGACGCAAAGUGCGACAAGAGAUUAGAUGACAAGGAUGCCGAUAUGGGUAAUAAAAUCGAGAAGAAAGACAAGAAGAGAGAUCGGUGCGUAGAAGUGAAGCAUAAACCGUCACACGAUACGAAAAAGAGAAAAAAGGAUCAGAAGCUGCUCGAGCAGCAAAUAGGGCCUAUUACCCAAGACAUAGUGCCUAUAUCGCAGCAAGCGACCCUCUCGAAAGAAGAACAGGAGCAGAGGCAGAACGAAGAAACGAUCGCCGCGACUAACUUCCUCAGUCAGAUCAUCAACGAUGACACAUCGCCGCGAGGAUUGACGGACAAACGGAAAGACAAUUUCAUCGCGGACGAUAAUCUGAGUAGUAUAGUACAGCCGACGGAGCAGGAGAAGGACGUGCAAAUGGUGAUGCGAUCAUUGAAGGAGUUGCAAGAGUUGCAAGAAAUGAAAUUUUCUCCCAGUCAUUCUCCAGUCGGCAGUGCCGUUCAAAAGCCCGGUAAAUCGAAUACGCAUUACGUCUCUUACCAGGAGGAAUAUCAACGACUGUACCUCAAGAAAGAGGAUAAGAUAAGGUCUAAGGAGGACUCGCAGUGGUAGAUACAACACCGUGUAUUAUCGUUCGAAGCUUCGUUUUCUUGCGGACAGUAGUAAUUAAAAAAAUUGAUUAUUAGUUUCGCGAGACAACAGGCGGGGCUCUCGGUAUUUAUAAUUAUGUUUCUUUUCGGCACGAAUGAUCGAGAGAGGGCCGGCCGAAACUUCUUCCACUUAGGCAUCAUUAUCGGUGAAUAGAAUUCUCGCAGCUAUGGAGUAUGGAGUGGCGGCGAUCGUUGGUGUGCACGUGUAUGUGAACGUGUAUGGAUGUGUGCGUUUGUCGCGUAAGGAUUUUUAAGUAUUUUCAAACAGACAACCGCCAAAUUAUAUGUACAUACAUAAAUUCGCUAGUAGUAAUCUCGGUUGUAUGUGUACAGAGUAAGUAUAAAUUAUGAAGUUGUAGUAAGAGACUCCGUGAGAGAGUAGUUAUCUCUGUAAAUAAGUUUAAAAGUGUCCCAUAAUCGUCUCCGUGAGUGUUGGGUGGUCAACGAGAAUUUUAUUUACAUUAAUUCAAUAAAAUAUGAAGUUUGCCCUUUUAUUAUGAUCUUAACAAUUGUGAAUUGAUAUUUAAUAUUCUUGAUCCGUGUGCGUGGCAUUUUAUUUUAAACGUCAACGUAAGAGCAUAAAGUGCUUUCUUUCUGUUUUUUUUUACAAAUACUGCCACAAGCAUGGGAGGGACGGGUUGUUGGUGACGGUGGUUUAUUUACUUUUUAUCUUGUACUAUUUGACCACCCUGUGUCACAGAACGAAAAAAAAGAGAUAUUUUAUGUAUUGUUCCUUUUUUGUGUACUUCGCCUGUCAUUAUCGUACAUUAUCGUACAUUAUCCUAUAUGUGCGCAAGGGAAAAGAAAAUCAUUCAGUUCAGAACAAAUAUUUGUAAAAUUUCACGAUUAUUGCCUUCUAAUUAAUUUUAUUAUCGGAUUCGUGUUAUUAUAUAGAAUUGACACAAAAUUCUAAUGUUUCAUCUGUUAUCGUUAGAAGUCGCAGUAAAAUAUUUCCACUUUAUAUCAUCUUCGUACGGAUUAUUUUUUCAAUAUAUCAUAAAAUCCAAGCAUCAACAUAUUAAGCUCUGCGUUCCCUUUAUCCUUAAAGACAGGAGAUUCACUAGAUUAGCUCAAGAUGUGUGCGAGUAUCCAGAUUGCUUUCUCGAUUUAUGUGGCUUCAUACGCGGCUUGUGACCGAGUGAUAGAUGUAAUAAAUAAUGUGAAAGAGAGAGAGAGAGAGAGGGAGAGAGAGAGAGUGUAUGAAAGAGACAGAGUGGAUGCAUGAGAGAGCCGUUUGGAGAGAGAGAGAGACAGACAACUAGAAUAUUUUUGGAACACAUAAAGAAGACGAUUAGUACUGUA